AUGGAGAAGACGUCGGGUGCUGACCUGCACAUGGAGACAUCAGAGAAAGGCCUGAAGAAACUGGUGCUGAGGUGGUUCACUGAGACCCAGGUGCAGCUCAUCCUGAACAAUGGAAACUUCCCUGACUGGUUUCAAGGCUUUGCUGCACGAAAGGACACGGAAGAUCUACUGAGAGAUAAAGCUCUGGGCUGUUUUCUCAUUCGUCUCAGUGAUAAAGCCAUCGGCUACAUUCUGUCCUACAAGGGCCACGACAGGUGCCGCCAUUUUGUCAUCACCCAGAAUCAAGAUGCACAGUUUGUGAUAGCAGGAGACUUUCAGACAUACAGCAGUCUCACAGAGCUGAUAGAGCAUUUUAAAGUCAGCCCCAUCCUGCCCUUUGGAGAAUACCUGACCUCCAGCUGUUAUGAGAAAAACACAGGUGAGCUGUAUGAUGUGGUGAAUUACAACAACAAAGCAAAGUCUGGGGUGAGUGUCCAUGCUCUGCGGAUUCUGUGGGACCAGAAACAUGAUCAUCACAGCGGCCCUGUCAAUAAUCAAAGGAUUCAGCAGCGAAAUGUCCCUCCUACAGUUCAGCCACCUGCACUGCCACUUAAACCCAAAAGCAGAAAGCUGAUGGGAGUGGUUUCUGUGGACACGGUGUCCUUCUCACAGGGGGUUCCUCCAGUACCAAAGAGAGACAUUCCUCUGAGCUUCUCCCUGAGUGGAUCUUUGAGUGACACAACAUCACAUCCAAGGGGAACCCAGACUGAUCCAAACAGAUCAGAGAGACUCAGAGGAAACACAAACCCAGCGCUAACGUCUGACAGAGACUCAGUCAACACCUCUGACACGAGCUAUCCAGGUGAUCUUUGUCCACCAGGGAUCAUAUACUCUGAGCUGGCACAGGUGGAGAGCAGAAGCAGAUCUCUACCGAAAUUGAACAACAGCAACAUAGAGGAGGAGGAGGAGGAGGAGGAGGAGGAGGUGGAGUACUCGAAUCGGCUCAGAAGUCCUUCAAUCACUACAUCAAGAUCUUACUCUCCCACUCCUCUGAAGAAGGUCACCUGUCACACCUACUCCCUCUACGAUCCCAGAGACAGUUUGAGGCAGAGUAGCUCCAGGUCAGAACAGCAGGGUGGUGAUGUGGAAAUGUUGAGGUCCAACCCACUGUACCGGAACUCGUGGGAGCCUGGAGGGAGUUUAGCUCAGCAGGGAGACUGCAUGUAUGCUGAGGUUCACCGGACCCUGCCUGAUAACACCUAUGAGCAGAUCCCCGGCGAGGCUGUGGCAGUCCAGGGCAACACGUACAAGUCGAUGGAGAAUGGGAAGACCAAGAAGUCCAAAUCUACCUGGGGGAAAAAUAAUAUAAAUUGGAAGAAAUUCCUGCCUGAUAACAAGAAGAAAUAAAAGGACUCAACAUGUGGAAUUAACUGAUAAUGUGUUACCUGACACAAACAUUUACAAAUAGAUCCCUUUUAUAGAAGCAUUUUAUUAAGGAAG